AUGGAUUCUGCUUUGUUUGUUCUUAACGAGGAUCUUCUUAUCAGAAUUCUUUCCUUCAUUACCCAUGAUUCCGACCGCAAAGCUUUCCGUUUGGUUUGUAAAGCAUUCCUCCGGGUUGACUCUUUCCACCGUACCCAUCUCCGGAUCCUUCGUCCUGAGUUCAUUACAACCCUUUUCUCCAAAUUCCCACGUAUUUACUCCCUUGACCUUUCCGUUUGCCCCCAAAUUAAUGACGGAGCUGUUUCCAUGCUGAUGGGUUAUGGGUUGUCGGAUUGGAGUAGGAGCUUGAGGAGGCUGGUGCUGAGUCGAACCACUGGGUUGAAAUCAGCCGGGUUAGAGAUACUUAUGAAGUCUUGUCCUGUUUUGGAGUCUAUUGACGUGUCUUACUGCUGGGGUUUUGGUGAUAGGGAAGCUGCGGCUUUAUCUUUUGGUGGGUCUUUAAGGGAUGUAAAGCUCGACAGGUGUUUGGGUCUAACUGAUGUUGGUUUGGCGAAAAUAGCAAUUGGGUGUCAAUGCCUAGAGAAACUUAGCUUGAUGUGGUGUAUUGAAAUUACUGAUCUUGGGAUUGAUUUUUUGUCCAAGAAAUGUACACAACUGAAGCAACUUGACAUUUCUUAUUUAAAGGUUACUAGUGUGUCACUGCAUUCUAUAAGCAGUAUGGAGAAGUUGGAGCUUUUGGCUAUGGUUGGGUGUGGCAUUGUGGACGAUGAAGGACUACAUUACCUUGGAAAAGGGUGUCCUUCGCUUCAG